AUAUUGAUGUUCAAAGGCUUUUUUUAUCGCUCUAUGAGCCUAUGCACGGUUUCAAAUCAGAUUUUGUCGUUUUAUCUAGUUGUCUCCAGCAGCAACAUGUUGCUGGGAUUAAACUUUGCUGUGAGGGAAUGCAGCUGCAGUUGUCUGUGUGCCAUCCCCUCUCCUCCGUGAGGACACAGCAGGGCAGUGCGCUCCGCUGAGCAGCGCUGAGACAAGCAAAGCGUGGAGAAGAAGAGUUGACCAAAACUCCGAACAAAAGGACUUGGGGAGUUAUUUGUCCGCUUUCAAGGGUCACCUCCACAGUGCCACUUUGGUCUGGGCUGAGUGAAAGAGCAGCAGGCACCUGCAGGGCCCCAUCAGUGGCCCAAACCCCAUUACUGCAGUAUGGGCAACUUUUCCAGCAAGGACGGCCAUGGACCCACAGGGGUCCAUGGGGAUAGUUUCCACACUCCUCCUGCUUCUCCACAGGGUGAUGGGCCUGCUUUCAUACCCAGUGUCCCCCAGCUCCUUCCCCCUACCUCACCUCAACCUUCCUCUGCAGCCCCAGUUUCACCUCCACCUCCAGUCCCAACCCUCACACCCAGUGGGAAGAAAGCACAGUCCAGCACCACCUCUACCACUUCCGGUCCCCCUCCUGAUUGGAGGCCUCAUCCACCAGUCAGCUCAAAUAACUCCACCAUUGGCCCUGUAGUUAGCCCGCUUCACAGCAAGCCAGGAAGUACUGUGGGUAAAGGACAAGCUACUCUGGGGAGAAAUGGAGGUCCUCCCACCUCCACCCCUCGACCACUGGUCUCCCCAGGGAGGACUGUGGCCAUCAGUCCUACGAAGAGCCCCUCUUCUCUGAGUAGUGCCUCACCUGUGGUGAGCAGUUCUUUCGGGCCGAAAUGGAGGGAAAGGGACAGUGGUCUGAGUCAGUCUUUGUUACCCGCUCACAAAGCUGGGGAUAGCCAGGGUGAGGAGCUGGAGAAGCUGCUGGAGGAGUGUAGGACAACACUGGGUAUUACUGCCAGUAAGGAUGGAGCCACAAACACAGCGGAGAUACUGAAGCAUCUACUGACAGAAGUGAAGAGUUUGAAGAGUACUUUGCAGACGGAGCGUGGGGAAUGGCUGCAGUUCCAGGCUGACCUACAGGUGGCGGUGGCAGUGGCAGACCGUCUGAGAGCCGAGGCAGAAGAAGAAUUGACUGCGCUCCGAACGGCGCACAAGGAUGUGGAGAGGGAGCUGGCCGCUUCCCAGCAGAGACAGAAGGAGGCUGAUGUGCAACUGGUAACCCUGAGAGGAGAGUUAAAGGAGAGCAGGCAGAGACUGGCUACUCUCACCCAGGCUCCGUGUCAGGAGCCAGAGAGGCCCAAUAAUAAUGGAGAACCAACCAACAGCUGUGAAAGCAAAGAAGGGACCCAGAGGGGCAUGGAGAGGGGAGUGUACAGGUUGGGGCGAGAAGAAAUGGAAAGCAGGAGUCAGAAUGAACUGACGAAGAAUGUUGUCAGCGAGGAGGCAAGAACAGACUGUAAAGGUGUGACUAAGCGCUACCUGAGAAAUGUGACCAAUGAGGAUAGGAGUGGAGAAGAGGUGCGACCCAGCGAGACACGAAGGAUGGUAACCACAGAGAGGUCAAGAAGCUUGUCCAGAUUACCUGCUUCCUCGGGCUCCCCCACCAUGCUGAACGGAACCUCCCAGCCCAGCACUGCCUCAACUGUGGGACCUAUGAACAAGAACUUGGGGCCACUAAGAGGCCGGAGAAGUUUGGAUUGGCAAGACAGCAGACCAAGCACUGACACAGGAAAACGUGAGGAGUCUUUGAACAAAUACAACUCUGCCCUCACUGAGCUGCCUUCCACUAAAUCCCAGGAUGGUUUCAACCUACUGCUGCGUCGUCACGGAGGGUCGAAGAGAAACUCGCUGCUCCGCUGGUGUCAGGGCCGAACACAAGGCUACAAGAAUAUCGACAUCACCAACUUCAGCAGCAGCUGGGCCGACGGUCUUGCCUUCUGUGCUGUCUACCACACCUACCUCCCCUCACACAUCCCUUACACCACUCUCACUCCAGAGAACAAGAGGGAGAAUCUCAGUCUGGCAUUCAAAACAGGAGAGACUGUCGGGAUUGCACAAACCCUGACAGUAGAGGAGAUGCUGAGAGCAGGCGGUCCUGACUGGCAAAGAGUCCUGAGCUACGUGGAGAGCAUCUACCGUCACUUUGAGAUGUGACAGCUGGAGGUACUGACAGACAAUCCCAACAUAGCGGAUCCUUCAGGACUCUUCAAAGGAAACAGUGUAAAUUGUGAUGCCUCCCUGAAUACUAUACUGUACCUUUGUGGCGUGUCUGGAAACUGGAUAAACUUCUUUUAGCAAAGAAAGACAUCCAAAGCUACAGUUUGCAACUUCCCUUACAUUACAAUACCUGAUAAGGACUCUUUGGAAAUUUUAAUUUGCUGCUGUGGAUUGAAGUUUCUUCUGCUUGGUUCUCUGUAAUACACUUCAGAAAAUGUCCUCUGAGCAGGUAGAGGCUUUGGUGCAAAGUAUUACGUUUUCAUUGGUUUGUUAGCACUGUUGUAUGCAUUCUUACACCUUUCAUAUUCUUAAUCAGCUGACAUUUGACAUACAUCGGUAUAUGUAAAGAAUUCAGACACAGUAAAGUAGACUGCUUAGCAGAAUGUGACCAACUGUGAAGGAGGGGAAGGACUGAUAAAACGGCUACCUUUUAAAGGAACAGUGUGUAGGAUUUAGUGGCAUCCAGUGGUGAACACACCGGCAGUGCAACAUGGCAGACUCCCUGGCGAGGACCCGCUCCCUGUGUAGAUAUAAACGGCUCAUUCAAAGGUAAUGAGAAUACAACGGUUCUUAUUUUCAGGUGAUUAUACAGUAAAGGAAGCACAUGUAUUAUAUUGUAUUCCUCUUGUCCAAAUAUAUCCCCUUAAUCCUACACACUGGACCUUUAAUACAAAAUGUUACAUGUUAUAGCUUUCAGAUAAUUGUUGACCAACAUAGAAAUUCAGAAAAUCUUUUUAUGGCAUCCUUCUGAGGAAGGUGUAUGUACAGGUAUCGUUGCUGUAAAUGUCGCCACACUGGUACUUCACUGGCCGAAAGUACUGUAUCCCAUCAUGUCCUUCAUCAAAUCAACAAGCAGUCCUCAAACUGCACAUUGUUUUAUCUGCCACUGUGUUUCGCCUUUUAACCUUGUCUGUGAUGCUCUGCAAAGAUUCUACUUCUUCCCGGACCUUUUAGCACUCUGUAAAUAUGCACUUUUGUCAGCACCUUAUCGGUGUGCGAAUGUAAUAAUGUACAGUAUAGGUGUUACACAACUCCUGGAGUGAUGACUUGUUAAGUUCAAAUUUCUGUUAGUGUUUUCUUGCAGGAAAUACAGCGACUGUGUGAAGAUCAAAACCUAUAAAAGUGCCUCCAUGUUAUCACAAAGUGUGCCAGUGCUGUUUAGGUGCUCAGGGAUGUGCAUUACAGGAGUGACAUAGAGCAAAAAGCAAAUAUACAAACCUGCACAGGCUCGCGCAUCCGGUUGCAACAUCAUGUCACGUCACACCUGCACCCUCAAAGAUGCACAAACGCACCCUCAUACUACACCUAUGCUGACAAACUGAGGAGUUUUGUUUCAACAAGUUUAAAGCUGAGUUUGUUGCCAAAGUUGUACGUGCCAAAUAUUGGACAAAAAUACUCUUUUUUUGUGGAAAUGGACCGUUGUUAAACAUGUUUAUAUGUAACUAGUGUGAAAAGAAGUAAUACCAAAGAAUAAAAUGUUA